AUGCUCAGUCAUAUUGCAGACAUUGCUGCUAGCCUGAGGGAGAAAGUUUUGCCCAGCCUUACAGAGACAGAGAGGACAAGUCUGCAACAGUUCUGUGACUUCCUACAGAACCAGAAUGGGGUUCAGUUUAACGGAGAGGCAGUCAGAAUACUGGGAAGGAGCCUUGUGAGUGAAACGUUGCCUCAAGAAGCCAAACUCCAGGUGGUCCAGGCUCUACAAGCUGCAGUGACAAGGCCUGAAGUACAGGGGGCGCUGCUUAGUGCAGACAUACACAGUUCUAUUGUACUCUUCCUACACAGAUUUGACACCAUCCAACCACUGACGUUGCAAGUUGCUACUACAAAAAUGUUAUCCAACAUCUGCAGUGACCAGGGGAGCCAUGGUUGGUUACUGAGGACCGAGCAGGGACCAAUGGGAGGGGAGCAGGUUGUCAAUCAACAGGUGGUUGUCAAGGCGACGGUGACAGGGCUGCUGUCAGAGGAGGCAGAUCUCAGGAAAAACGCCACAGUGUUGGUGUAUAACCUAUGCCUGGGGCAGGUAACAGAAGACAGUGCAGUAGAGUUAGCCAGUGCCCUGCUGCAAUGUUUGGGGGAAACUGUACCCGAACCUGAAGCAUUUCGAAGUUUGUCUUCACUUGUCCAGUUGAUGACAUCAUUCACUCAGGUCAGUGGACUUGCCCAGGCCAUUGGUGUGGACCUGAGUCCCUACUCCUCACAGUCCGACAGACUGAAGACAUUGUGUCAUCAGUACCAGCAACUUGUCUCCUAGAUAGAACUAUGCUGCAAUUUUUUAAAGUAAUUAGGAAAUCAAACUGAUACUCUGGACAUAAGGGUGUAAGCUUGAGAGGCUCUGGAGUGGCAUCUACCAUUCUUUGUCAAAUGUGGUGGUCACAAAACAGUGGAGGGUUUGGUAAACCUCCUGUGCAGACCUUGUAGGCUGGAAGUUUUAUGUGCAGCUUUUGGCAGCACAAAUCAGCACCAAAAGCUGUAGAAAACUCAGUCGCAUAGAAGGUCCAUACAGGCUGAUGAAGAAUGCAAGCUACUUGGAUACUGUAAGAAAUCCUCUAUAGAGUCACAUAUUUCAAACAGCAUCAACUUCCAUCAAGUCUUUCUUACUCACUGAUUG